AUGGAGCAGUUGGGCAUCACAUUGCUGUUGGUGACUGCAGUGAGUGGCCAGAAUGACCGGAUCAUCGGCGGCGCCCCCUGCAGGCCUCACUCCGUACCCUGGCAGGCCGCCCUCUUUGUGGGCUCCCAGCUCAACUGUGGAGGGACCUUGAUUGCCAGAAACUGGGUGGUGACUGCAGCCCACUGCCACGUCAAUUGCCCCAUCAGCGUGCGCCUGGGAGAGCACAACAUCAAGCAUCUGGAUUGGACAGAGCAGCUGAGAGUCUCAGAGAAAACAAUCCUCCACCCCCAGUAUAACCCCACCAGCAAGGACAAUGACAUCAUGCUCAUCAAACUGCUCACCCCGGCGUUCUUCAACAAAAACGUCCAGCCCCUGGAGCUACCUACCAGUUGCCCCUCCACGGGGGAGAAAUGUGUGGUAUCCGGAUGGGGAACAACAAAAAGCCCUCAAUUGUACUUUCCACCUGUUCUCCAUUGUGGCAACAUCUCCAUUAUCUCCCAGCAAAAGUGCCGCAGUAUCUACCCUCGCUACUACACCGAGAACAUGCUUUGUGCUGGGGUGCUGGAAGGGGGAAUAGACUCGUGCCAGGGAGAUUCCGGGGGACCCCUAGUCUGCAAUGGGAAAUUCCAGGGUAUUGUGUCUUGGGGGAGCCAGACAUGCGCACUGUCCAACAAACCAGGUGUCUACGUCACCGUCUGUAGAUACGUCAACUGGAUCCACGAGACCAUGAACAACAACUGAUCCUUGGUUCUUCAGGACACCGACAACUCCCUCUCCUACCUGCGCUGCCGCAUAGGGUCCAUACAGUGCCGUUGCAGGCACAUUAGCUAGAUUGUCCCUCCUGGCUCUGUGCACAGAUGUUAAAUAAUAAAGGCCCUCUGCUGUUGGGAGCGGUUAGUUCACAGAAGCUCCACAUUAUUUCAUGCCUUGUUCUUAGUGAAACACCAUGCCCUGGAAGUGUAACCAUUCACUGCAGCAUCUGGGCACCUCACAGUUGCCAAUGUCUUUAUCCUCACACACCCAUUUGAGGCAAAGCAGGGCUAUUCUCCCCAUUAUAUAGCUGGGGAAACUGAGGCAUGGAGCAGCUAAGUGAUUUGUUCAUGCUCACACAGGAAGUCUGUAACAGAGCUGUUAUAAAUAUAAAGGGAAGGGUAACAACCUUUAUGUGUGCAGUAAUAUAAAAUCCCUCUUGGCCAGAGAUGCAGAAUCCCCUUACCUGUAAGGGGUUAAUCAGUUCAAUUAACCUAGUUGGCACCUGACCAGAAAGACCAAUGGGGAAAAAAGAUACUUUCAAAUCUGGGGCAGGGGGGAAAGGCUUUGUUUUUGUGCUCUGUGUGUGUUCUCUCCAAGACAAAGAGAGAGACCAAGCAAGUAAUCCAGCUCCUAC